GCUGGACGGCGUUGUUCCAACUAGACCCUUAUUAUUUGGAGGUUGCUGCCAUUUCUCCCGGCAUUCUAAAACAGGUUCUCGUGCUGGGCAGUUGCUGAAAUUUUCGUUCUUGUUUUGUUCAAGUCUUUUGUCCCUUCGACUUGCUUUCCCCUCUUCCUGAAGUACCAGUUCUCAGACAUGAUGUGGUCUUCGGUCAUGGUUCUAGCGUUGGCUUUGCUGCCAGCUACGCUUGCGUUUCCUAGCUUCGUUCCUAACAUACCCAAUCUGGGAGUCGUCGGCGGGACGCCUUCUCUGGUACCUUCCUCGUCCGGCAUGGAUGGCGUCGUUUGCCAGUCGAUUGGACAUGUAGCGUCAUGUAAUGGCCCUCCAUCUGGAGGUGGAAAUGUGUUUGGAAUGGCUUUCCUUGCUGGUGGAAAUUCGUGGGCUGCCGUAUGCAACGUGGAUAGUGAUGGUGAUGGCUUGACAAAUGGCAUGGAGCUGGGAGAUCCUAGCUGCAUGUUCAUGGCUGGAGACACACCCGAACGUACUACGAACCUCAGUAAUCCAGGAUUUGCCUGCUCAACCACGGCCAAUCCUUUCUGUUUGCCUGUCCCUACCGCAGCAACAGCAGCAACGGAACAAGCAACCACCUAUAUACAAGUAGCAACCACUGAACAACCAACGAUCGUAACAAGCAUUAAUGACACGUCCGUUGAUGUCACCUCGGCUACUGAAGUCAUGACAACAGGUGGUCAGUCAGCCCUUGCUGCCAUUCCUAGCAUGGUGUUGCUGGCCCUGAUCCUGGCAGCCAUGCUGUUGCACUAGUCACAACACAGAGUGGCUGCUGGCACAACAAGCGGCGCAGGUUCAUGCCCCACGCUCGGAACAACACGUCUUGCAGCUGGUCUGACUUGAUAUAAUACACAUGUAUCAUCUAUCGCCCCCCAGCUACAGGCCGCCGCAACCUGGAUAUUGCUAUUUUCUGCUAGUUGCUUCGAGUUUGUGUUAACCUGCAAUUAAGGCGAAUCUGCGCUAUUUUUUAAUUGCACUAGUUAUCACACCACCGUGUGUGUAGCAUUUCCUAUCCCGUGUACAGUGAUUGCAUGCAUGGCGGAGCAGAGAAAUAUUUCUCCUACCAAAUUUUGGGACCGUUUUUUCACAGUUCUUCUUUCUCAUCUGAGCCCACCACACCCACUCACUCUAUUUCUUCACGCAGCAUAUCUCUAUAGAUCCUGACCUAGCUAGCCUUCAUAUCCUGCUUUUCCAUAUAGAUCCUGACCUAGCUAGCCUUCAUAUCCUGCUUUUCCAACACACAACUCUACUACUGAUCCCCUCCUAGACUUCACUGGAAAUGACCCAUGCAUCUCAAUUCUCUAUUUCUAGAUCCUCCUCUGUUACCAUAGUUUCAAGCUGUGUACUAGGUUCCCAUUCCGGACAUGUUUGCAUAUACUCCGAAGUAGGUAGCAGGUAGCAGAAUGCCACCCUCCACGGGCCGGCUGGCAACCAACUGUAUCACUUUAUGGUUUAUCCAUUCAUCUCUUGAGUACAUCUCAGAUACAAGAGUGAAGCAGAUACUGGUCGAAGCGUU